AUGUCAGCCCAAUCGACAGAUGAGGAUCAUGAAGGGCAGUUCAACCUGGAUGGGAUCCUCAGUGAGUUGGGCAGCUUUGGGAAGUACCAACUCCUCCUCCUCAUGUUGCUCGCCUUCAGAGACUCCUUCUUGAGCAUGUGCAACUUUAACUACGUGUUUACGGCCACUGAAGUGCCGUUUAGAUGCAGCAUACCAGAGUGUGAGUCGUCGCUACGGAGUUUCAACUCUUCGUGGUCUUCCUACACUACUUCUAACAGCUCGUGCCGUCGCCCGCUACUCUUGUCAACCUCAAACAUCUCUUGUACUCCUGAUAUGUUUGAUACGAACAGAACAGUGUACUGUGAUGAUGUCGUAUAUGAAAACUAUAAUAGUAUUGUUGCUGAGUUCAACUUGGGCUGCCAACCUUGGAAGAGAACUCUCAUUGGAACAGUUCACAACCUCGGCCUCGUCUUCUCCUUUGUUGUAUCCGGAAUCAUAUCAGAUAGAUACGGACGAAAAGUAAUAAUCGUGGGAACACCUCUCAUGGUCGGGGCGGCAGGUCUCCUGAAGUCAGUCGUAUUUGACUACUGGUCGCUGCUGAUACUGGAGUUUUUGGAAACCGCCCUUGGUUACGGGAACGCAUCUAUGAUAUUGUCUUUAGAAUCAGUCAGUCGGAAGAACAGAGUGGCUUUCUCUUGCAUCUCGGAUAUAUUAUCAUGUAUUGGCGGAGCAUUUUUUGGUUUAAUUGCUUGGAAGAUACCUUACUGGAGGAAUAUGAUGAGGGCUAUCUAUGCACCACUUUUAAUUGUUGUAUUCUACAUAUUCCUCAUAGACGAAGGAGUAAGAUGGCUUUUAGCUCAUAACAGAAAAGAUGAAGCAGUUCGUGUGCUGAAUAAAGUCGCAAAAAUCAAUAAAAUUACGCUUUCUAACAAAGCAAAAGAUAUGCUUACGAAAAUAGGUGGAGAUAAGGUUAAAGCAGAAGAGAUCGGUCAGUCAUCGCCAGAGACACUUAGCGUAUUAUCUGUUCUACGAUCAAAGACUAUCCUCAUCCGAAUGGCCAUUAUGGCGGCCUGUUUCUUCUGCUCCAUGUUCGUGUUUACUGGAGCUGUUAUCAACUCAACGUCUAUUUCUGGCAAUAAAUAUAUCAACUAUUCAGUAAUGAUGCUAGUGGCAGUGCCUACCAGAAUAGUCACCGCAUUAACUCUGACAAGGUUUGGAAGAAAGGCCCCGAUAUGUAUCGCUUAUUGUCUGUGUGCUUUCUUUUUUAUGGCGUCGGCGUUUGUGCCUAAAUCAAUCUGGUGGGCGUCUGUCCUUUUGUACAUGGCGGGCAAAAUGUGCAGUAGCUAUGGCUUUUUCUCCAUAUACGUGGUGGCCAUGGAGGUGUUCCCCACAACCUCGCGCAACUCACUUACUAACAUCGCCAACACUAUCGGUCGUCUUGGGUCUGUGCUGGCUCCGCAGACUCCCUUAUUGAAGCAGUAUUACCAAGGAUUACCCAACAUAGUUUUUGGGUUCAUGGCUCUAGGCCCGGCUCUGAUAUCCCUAUCCCUGCCUGACACAAGCCGCACUGACCUUCCCGAACAAGUAACUGAUGCCGAGAAAAUUGAUGCUCCAAAGAAUAAUGAAAAUACUGUUUCUGCG